AAUAGGAACAAAAAAAAAAAAAAGAAAAAAGAAAAAAAAAAGGCCGAUACUGUCUUCUUCCCUUCGCGCAUCGCAGAAGAAGUCAUCGUCUAUCAUUCGUCCCCAUCAGCGGCAGCCUUCGGAACAUCGAUUCGCUCUCCUCAAACCUCCAUAUUCAAAAUGACUGAAGUCACCGAACAGCCAUUUAGGCCUCGCGAAAAACUUAUUGAAAGGCAAAAGUAUUUUCAGAGCAUCCACAAGCACACAUAUCUUAAAGGGCCAUUGGAUAAGGUCACCUCUGUUGCCAUUCCAAUCGCUUUGGCAGCUUCAUCGUUGUAUCUUAUAGGACGGGGAAUUUAUAACAUGUCACAUGGCAUUGGGAAGAAAGAAUGAGGUCACAGUCUCUUUGCAUCUUAAUUUCAAUGAGUUUAUAUGCUCUGGACCCAUGUUAAUUUUGUUACUGAAGUAAUCUUUAUCUAAUAAUUGCUUAGUUGCAGACUCAGCUACCAAUUGAUUUGAAUAUCAUUCUCAGAUUCCUUCUUGUUGUGCAUGUUGAAAUGGUUCGUCUCAAAUGAUUGUUUUUCUCCUUUUUGAGAAA